GCAGUGUGUCAAAAUAAAACAUAAACGUGAGGGGUCUUCUUCGUUUUGCCCCAAAAACCUACCCCCCGUCGCCUGCGAAUCACAACUUCGCCUCUCAAUUUCUGAUCUAUUCGCAACGAAGCCCCACAGAUACUAAUCCAAUCGCAUGAUCCAUCUGUAGAUCUGAGGCGAUAGAAUCAGAUUUUAUGAGCGAUGUUCAGUGAUCGGCGGAAGCGGGAUAUGGCCAAUCAUGGUGGAUACCUGAACAACAACAACAAGUCUUCUUCUUAUGGGAGAGGAAGUAUGGUGGUUAUUUCACGGCCAAGAAGCUCUCAAAACGCUGGCCAGAAGCUCUCCGUUCCACCUCCGUUGAACCUCCCUUCACUCCGCAAGGAGCAUGAGCGUGUUGAUUCGUCUGGCUCCAGCUUUCUCUCAGGCGGUGGAGUCUCCGGGAGUGGAGCUAGACCUGCUUCCUCAGGGAUGGGAUGGAGUAAGCCUGCUUCUGGUGUUGAUGUUCGUGUCGUCCAAGGGAAGCUUAAUGAACCGUUGAUACAGGCUGUUGAGAAAGUUUCCACAUUGAGGGGUGAAGACUUUCCGUCUCUUAAGGCUUCUUCUUCUACUUCUGGUGUGUCUGAUCAGAAACACCAUAAAGAUGGUCCGAAUCUGAAUCAGAAUCAGAAACAGAAGCGAGAUGAUUUUUCCAAAGAGACCAGAGCUGUGACGACUUCUUCACUUGUAGAUGUGAGACCUCAGAACCACCGGUUUGGUAACGAAGAGUUGAGCAGCGAGAGACCUAGUUUUUCAGAACAACAGGUGAAGAAAAAAGAUUACCUUCUUCCAGGUCCGUUGCCUAUUGUUCGUAUGACCCCACGGUCUGAUUGGGCUGAUGAUGAGCGUGACACUAGUCAUUCCUUCAGAGAUAGAGAUUAUGGCUAUUCGAAGAAUGAACCAGUUGUAGUAAGGGAGGCCAAUGCUUGGAGAGCCUCCUCACCUCUCCAAAACGAAGUUGCAAACAAUAAUAAUAAUAAUAACAACAGCAGAGGUAUUUAUGGAGCAAGGCCGAAUAGUAGAGGCAGGGAAGGUCUUAAGAAAAGUAACUACGUCUUGUCAGGAUCAAGAGAUAAUGUUUGGAAUAACUCUGGAGCUAGAGAGGGUCCAUAUCAGCACGGAGGAAGGCAACCAUGGAAUAAUAAUAAUAUCGAUCAUCAGAAUAGGGAUAAACGGCCCUUAUUCAAGAAUGACAAACCUCAUGUGGAAGAUCAUUUUGGCGACUCUGGUUUUGAUGUCCAUGAUCCAUUCCCAGUGCUUGGUGUUGCUAAGAAGAAGAAAGAGGCUUUGAAGCAGACGCAGGAGUUCCACGAUCCUGUCCGGGAGUCAUUCGAGGCUGAACUCGAGCGAGUUCAGAAGAUGCAGGAAGAGGAACGCCGGAGGAUCAUCGAGGAGCAGGAGAGGGUGAUUGAGCUAGUUCGAACAGAAGAGGAAGAGAGGCUGCGGCUGGCUCGGGAGCAAGACGAGCAGCAGAGCAGGUUAGAAGAAGAGGCCAGAGAAGCUGCUGUUAGAAACGAGCAGGAGAGGUUAGAGGCUGCAAGGAGGGCGGAAGAGUUGAGGAAGUCGAAAGAAGAGGAGAAGCAUAAGUUGAUCUUGGAGGAAGAGAGGAGGAAGCAAGCCGCCAAGCAAAAGCUUCUCGAGCUGGAAGAGAAGAUCUCCAGGAGACAGGCUGAAGCUGCCAAAGGCUGCAGCAACUCUUCGACUGUUUCGGAGGAUGUCAUUAAAGAAAAAGAGUCUUCAGAUGUUGAUUGGGAAGACAGCGAGAGGAUGGUGGAUAGAAUCACUACAUCAUCAGCUUCUAGAGACGGUUCUUCUUUUGGGUUCCAGGAUAGGCAUAAGCCCUUUUGGAGAAAGGAAGACGUUGUUGAGAGUGGAGGAGGCAACUCGAGGUUUAUUCCACAGAACAUGGAGAAUGUUCCACAUAGCCCUCAGAGAGAUGUAGGUGAAGGUUUUCCCAAGGAGUUCUUUGGGACAACUGGAUACAUCAGUAGUGCCAAUUCCUACUUCAAACCUGGAUUCCCCGAGCAUUCAGUUGAUCAGAGCUGGAGAACUCCUGGAGAUGGGAGGUCAUAUGGUAGAAACUAUGGGAUGGAACAAGCAGAACCUCGUGACAGUUUUGGAGAGCAGCAGCAAUAUGGUAAUAAUCCCGGGUGGGGACAGAACCAGAGCCGUGGACAACGCCGCGGUGCUUACCCUUAUCCUGAAAAGUUGUAUCCGAAUCAUGAGGAGGAUGAUUAUUACCCUUUUGGGAGACCAAAGUAUUCAGUUAGGCAGCCACGUGUUCUUCCUCCUCCGCAGGAGUCUAGGCAGAAGUUGCCCUUCAGAAGCGAGGUUGAGCAGCAUCAUCCUGGCCCCUCAACUUCUGUUCUAGCUAGCUAUAUCGGUGAUCUUCAAGAUCAUCAUGUGAUGUCAGGAAGUGGUAUGGAUGAUCAUCGUUUCGAUAGCAAGGUGACUGGAAGAUGCGACUCUCAGUCUUCGCUUUCCAUCACCAGCACACCUGAUUCCCUUGUUCAUAUCUCCCAUGAUGAUUUGGAUGAAUCGGGGAAUUCAUCUGUGUUGGUAUCUUCCAGAAAGGGAGACGGUGGUGGUUUACUAGAGGCUGGAAAGGAUAGCUUGAUGGCUGCUACGUGCCCUGUGUCUUGUUGGGAUAAUGAAGAGUGGACUCUUGACAACAAUGAACGGUUGCAGGAACAAGAAGAAUACGACGAAGAUGAAGAUGGGUACCAGGAGGAGGAUAAAGUACACGGGGUUGAUGAGAACCUUGAUCUUACCCAAGAGUUGGAAGAAUUGCAUCUCCAAGAGAAAGACUCUAACCUAGUCUUAGGCUUUAACGAAGGAGUCGAGGUUGAGAUACCCAGCGAUGACUUGGAGAAAUGUCAACAGAAAGAAGCAUUUCCACUUACUCAAAACCCUGUCGGCUACGCAGAUGGUGAAAGGCCUUCCGUUGAGACAAGCUGUGAUGAACAACAAGUCGCCAAACCUGUUGAAAUUUCUGAUAACGCAUCUACGAGCUUUCAGGGUACUGAAACCACAAUGCAGAACAACUCAACGAGUUACCCAACCGUUUCUACUCAUCUUGUCGCACCACCUUACAGCAUUGGUCUGCACCAGACACAUGUAACUUCUUCUACUUCAGCGCAGAUGGAGGAGCGUGUUCAGUUCCAGUUUGGAUUGUUUUCUGGUCCAUCCCUGAUACCUUCUCCUUACCCUGCCAUACAGAUUGGUUCCAUCCAAAUGCCUCUUCCUAUUGAUCCUCAAUUUGGCUCCUCGCUUACUCAUAUCCAACAGCCCCAGUCACCAUUCAUUCAGUUCGGUCAAGUAGGAUAUACAUCCCUAAUAACCCAAGGGGUACUGCCACCACCACCACCACCACUUCAAAACCCUGGAUCCAUUGCGACUGGCCUGCUUGGUCAAGGUAAUCAGGUAGCUAGAAAUGCAGCAGCCCCUGCCUUAAACCCUCAGAUAAGUGUUCUUAGAAGACCAGUGGAUGUUUCUGAUGGGGACAACAAACCAAAAAAUGCCAAUAUCUCCCCAGGGAGCGUAGAGGUUGCUGUGCCACCACCUCAUAAGCAAGGAGAGUUCUCUGGUAAGUCCGAACCAGUCUCUCGAAAAAUGAGUCACGGAAGAUCAAAUUUUGGUGAUAGACAAUCAGGAGGAGGCCAAGUAGUUAGAAAUUCUGAGGUCUCUCGGGGAGAUGCUGGUGGUUAUAGAAGAUAUCAACGUCAAAGGGUUGAGUUUAGGGUUCGGGAACCAAACUGGCCUUCUGAGGAGAAUCGAAAUGGCAAUGGAAAGUCACAAAACUCCACAAGAAGUGGGAGCAGAAAGUAUGUUGUGUCCAAGUCCCAGAAAUAUUCCUCAGAUAGCUCAGUGUCUGGUUCGAAUUCUGUUCAGAAAGCUGAAGGUCCUAGUGAUAAUGAUGAUGAUUUUAUUGAAGUAAGAUCGAAAAGACAAAUGCUUAAUGAUCGUCGUGAACAGAGAGAGAAAGAAAUCAAGGAAAAGUCCCAGGCGUCAAAGGCAUCCAGGAGACCUCGGUCAACUUUACAGAACAGUAGUGCUGCAGCCAGGUCCAACAGAAGUCCACCAGCUGGCCGAGUUGCCAACACUAAGCAGAUUAGUUCUGUCUCCAACAGACAGCUGUUAGCCCCAAUUGGCACACCUUCUCCUAAACCAGAUUCUCAUGGUGAUGAAAAAUCCGGGAGCAGCAGAGAUAUCCCUGAUCAGAAUCCAGCGUCAAGUUUUGUAUUCAGCAACAAAAAUAAUGCUGUGGUGGAAAAUAUUCAAACGUCUGUGGGGACUUGGACCAACCAACUCACCGAUCAGCCGGUAAUGGCCCUAACCCAGAGUCAGCUUGAUGAAGCCAUGAAACCUGCAUCUCUUCUUUCAUGUGUUUCUGUUGAGAAUGGUGUCAACCGAAUCAGCGAGCCAAAUCCUAAAUCAAACUCUGUCGCGCCGCCGAAGAACAAUACUUUUCCAAGCCCAGUAAAUUCAUUGCUUGCAGAAGGCAAAAUCCAAUUUGGGGCAGUUACAUCUUCCUCUGUUAUUCCUCCAUGUGGUGAGAACAAUAGUUCUUUAUAUUUUGAAAAGGAUAGAACCCCAUCAUCCUCUGGCAUGGAGCUUUGUGAAGCAGAAGCUGCUGCGUCAGCGAUUGCCGUUGCAGCCAUAACUAGUGAUGAAACCAGUGGGAAUACUGGUUCCGUAACACCUGCUGAAACCAAAAUUUAUGGAGGAACAAGUGGCACUGUUGUGGCGCAUCCUAGUCUAUCAAAAGCUGAAGAGUCUCUCGUUGUUUCUCUCCCAGCAGAUCUUUCAGUGGACACCCCAAUCUCUCUGUGGCCACCGGUGCCAAGUCCACACAACUCAAACCAAAUGAUCACUCACUUUCCUCAAGCCCCUCCUCAUUUCCCUUUCUAUGAUAUGAACCCUAUGUUAAGAGGACCUAUCUAUGCUUUUGGCCCACACCAUGACUCCGGAGCAAACCAACCACAGUCUCAGAAAGGACCUUCCGGUCCACCUGCGACGUGGCAGCAGCAGCAGGGUCAUUCCGGAGUAGAUUCCUUCUACGCUCCUGCCGGUUUCACUGGUCCUUUCCUAACCCCACCUGGUGCUAUGCCUGGUGUUCAGGGGCCUCCUCACAUGUUUGUUUAUAACCACUUCGCACCUGUUGGACAGUUUGGAGGGUUGAGUUUCAUGGGGACAACUUACAUCCCAUCUGGGAAACAACCGGAUUGGAAGCACAACCCUAUGGUGUCUUCUUCCACAGUUGGAGGAGAUGGUGAUGUAAACAAUCCAAAUGUGUCUCCCAUGCAAUGUAACGUUGUGCCUGCAUCUCUUCAACACCUGGCUAUGCCUUCUCCUCUUGCCAUGUUUGAACCAUCCCCUUUCCAGUCUUCUUCUUCUCAGGAGAUGCCUGUUAGAGCACGGUGGCCUUAUAUGCCAUUUCCGGGUCCUCCAACAAUGCAAAUCCAGAAUCAACAGGAAACAGUAGAUGGCUCACCAUCUCAGUUUAGUAACAACAACAACAACAUGCUUCCUCCUCCAUCCAACAGAUAUCCAAACAUCCAAACACCCACGGUGGCAGAUGCAGUGGACUCCUCAAACUCUUACGGUUCUGCUUCACAACCAAAACCCAUCACCACCUUGUCCGAUCCCAACAGCAACACCACUCAGAAUCCAGCUGGUCCUGCCUUCAAGCAGCCGCCACCACCACCACAGCAACAACAACAAUCCUCCCAAGAGAAGAACACGCAGUCUCAGCAUGUUGGUGGAUCCAGCCACCACAAUCAACACCAGCAUAACAGGAGGUCAGGCUUCCAUGGGAGAAAUCAGGCCAUAACUAGAGAGAGAGGAUACCAUAACAACACAAAGGUGAAGCAGAUUUAUGUGGCUAAGCAGAGUAGUAGUAACAGCAACAACGCAUCUGCCUCUGCCUCUUCCACCACAACCACUUCGCCUUCAAUAUGAUUCUGUCAUUACCAUUAUCCAUGUCCGUUUAAGAUUAUAUGAACACAAGUCAAAUAACAUAAGCAGCUUUGGCUUCAUAAGGAGAUGUCCUUUUUUUUGUAUUUCUCAUUGGAUAAAAUAGAUUUGUCUUAUUUGCUCGUUUGGGGUUUCACUAUAUGGAACUUUGGUACGAUUAGUUUUGAAUUUAUGUUUUGGGUGAAAUACCUAAUUCACGGUUCCAGUGUUUUCCCCAUUAUAUAUCUCUUGUCAACAUUGUCUUAUAUUCUUUUUAUAAAGCAGCAAACUCUUAUUAUU